UCUUAUCGCAGCCUUUCCGUCUACAGCAGCGGCGGCAUGCUGCGUAGCAGGCGAUGCCUAUCGUCGCGCUCGCGCGUCGUAAUAGGCGCUUGAUAAGUGCGUUCACGCUUUCGGCCGGCGAUGAGAGGCGCAUCGUGACUCUGGCCCGGGCGCUCACUCAACGCCGCGGCAGAAGGCGGCCCGGCCCUUCGCCCUUGCGACUCCCGCACGCCUGUGCGCUUCUGCUGCGUGCGUCGCCUGCACUUCGUCACGGAUAAUUAGCCUCCACGGCACACAAGAGGGAACAGUAUCCUCGUGAGGACCACUAGAACGAGCUUCGCAAGAGAACAUCAGAUGUUGUGGACAUGCUUUUCCUCCCACACCUCGUCAUGCUGCUGCUUUCGAACGCCGCGGUAUCCCAACAGCAGGAGUGCAACAGAACGUUUGCAAGACCCGCGAGACCAGAGGACCAUCCGGCGUUCAGCGAUCUCGAGCCCGACCGUUUCCAGUCAAUCACAAAUUGCCCAGGUGAUAUCGACUGCUGUGAUGACGGAACGUUUUCUUGCUACAACUGGACUUAUCUAACUUGCUCGUGUCGGGAGGAUUGCGAGGAGUUUGGAGACUGUUGCUGGGGCUGUGAAAACAAGUCGGUGGAUAUUGACCAGGCUUCCCUGAAUACCUCGAAGUGGACUUGCACUAGCUUGUCCCUCGAAGGCGGCGCCACGAAGCACGUGUUUCUGGCUUCACGAUGUAACUCUUUGUGGCCUCUGCAAGACGACGUUCGCGAACGCUGCGAAGAUGCGAGCUUCAGCUCCAGCGACAUGUUCUUUCGCAUUCCGGUAACCAGUCGGCCUUCCAGGGUAACGUACCGCAAUACAUUUUGCGCUUUUUGCAACUACGACCUGGAUGAGGUCAUUUUCUGGGAAGUAGCGGUCGUUGGCACCAGAAGGAAACAGAAGCUGCGGCCUCCUCCGUUCAUCUCGACAAAUUUCUACAGAUAUAUGCGUCAGUGCAGUCGAUUUCCCCUAAUUGGAGACUGCCCCGAAGAGACCAAUUCUAAAGUUACGCGUUCCUGCUGGGCCUUUUUUGCUCCUGUUAUUGAUGAAAUAUCUGGCGCAGCCUACUACAAGAACGCCUACUGCGCUCGCUGCCACGGAGUCGAUCUGACAAGCGUGUCAUGCCUACCAGCUGAGAAAACAACCACGACACUCCGCGUGGAAGUGAAGGUUCACAUCAGCCUUCCGGGUCUCGACCUUUCCUCCAUAUUCCGAACGGUCGACAGGAACAGCACCUGCUUCUCUUCGUACAACGGGGUAUGCUACAUAGAGAAGGUGACCUACCGCUACGCGAACGUUUCGACACCAAACCCGAACACAGCUAUCAUGAUUCGUGGCUACCUAACCAUCGUCUGCAUAUCGGUGUCGUUGUUCUGUCUGGUUCUCAAACUAGUGGUUUACCUCAUGUCUAAGGAAUGUCGUACCUUCUCGGCUCGCUGCACCCUCUGCUUAUCUAUGACGCUAUUCUUCACUCACUUGUUCUUCCUCGUCUUCAACGUAACAGACCUUGGGCGCGAUGUGUGCGUCGCCUCCUCUGUGGUCGUACACUUCGGCUUCUUGUCGACGGCCUUCUGGACUACCGUGUUGUCAUACGACAUCUGGAAGACGCUGAUCCUAGUUCGUCGACCCAGUGGCAACUGGAAGAGCCUCGUCCGGUACGGCUUGGCCGGAUGGGGAUCGCCUCUGGUGGUUGUCGGCGUGGCUUCCAUAUUAAACUGGACAAAGAGUGACUCACCACUAUCUCCUUCUUACGGCACGCCUCGUUGCUUCAUAAAUAAAAAGUGGAGCCACGUCGUAUUCUUUCUGACCCCUAUGUUGGUUCUUCUCCUCGUCGAUAUCGGGUUUUACCUGCACACAGUCUUCACCAUCCGAAGGACGGAGUCGCAGUCCCAAAAGUUCGACUUCAAGGCGAAUGAGAAGCCUUCCAGGAUCUUGCUGUUCGUGAAGCUGGCAUUCAUCAUGGGCGUCUCAUGGCUCCUUGGUCUGGUCAGCGGGCUCGUCAACUCGCUCCUCAUGGACUGCGUCAGCAUCGUCUUCAUCGGGCUGCAAGGCGUGUUUCUGUUCUUCGGCUUCAGGGACCACAGGCACGUCUCCCAAAUGGUGUCUUCCUCCUCUUCUCUAGUCACUGGACUCUUGAGCCAUUCGCGAUCGCGAUCCUCAACCACAGCGACGACAGAUCUCGCCUUGGGCAAUCAGAUAACUACUGUCCAUGGAAGUAGUCACGACCGCCGGACAUCGGAUGACGUGGCUUCCGCUUGAUCCUAUGCGGGCAUUAGCGACAAACGCACGAGUCAUGUCAUCGACCGUCUUGCUUGCCAAAGAAUGUGUGUGUAGACGAUGUUGAUCUCUUCUCAACACACGGGGCCCAAAGAGUCCAAACUGUAUGCGAUACGUAUGCUCGUUGUUCUACUGUAUAAAAUAUGUAUAUAUGUAGAGAGAGAACGUUUUAUUGUGAGAAAAGCAGAAAAGUAUACAAGCUCCAUGCACCAGGCAAAGGAAACAUAACGUCACUGCUUCAGAUCUAAGAACGCCUUUAGAAACCGUAUGCAGGCCUUCCGUCAGUCCUUGUCGGUUUUCUAAAGAAACGUGCACAAUAAGUUACAUGAAUUUGUAAAAAAAGAUAGCGAUUGUUCCUGCAAUGCCAUUAUUUGCAGCAAUAAAAUGAAACUGCGUGGUGGUUAAUUACUGGGAACCCGAACUGUAGCAGCCCUGGGCUCAGCAGGUCGCGAAGAUGUUGUCAUUGUUCGGAAUAGCUUCGAGCAUGGUAUACGCGCUACUUACUCUUCAAUGUCAUGCUUGUACAAUUUGUCUCACGCGCCGCUGCAAACACUUAUAUAACUAUGGUUUUUUUGUGUGUGUGUGACUAUCCACGUAGCUGUACUUCAAGCAGCUUGUAUAUAAUGGCAUGCUGUUGUGUUCCUUUCAAGUAACCUGCAGGAUGUCUUCCGCAUUUGGUAAGAUAUAUGUGACUGAAGUAAGAUAAUCGUCAAGCAUAGUCUGGUAAGAAAAAAGAAAGCUUCAAGCCAGGCGAUUUACUUGGCGCUGCAUCGAAGUAUCGGGUCCACUGUGGAUGAUGUACACCAAGUAAACAGAUGCCCUGAGAGGUCAGGAAAUUUCGAACAUUUUCGCUGUCCACGAUGACUGUUAUUCCCUCACAAAACUCGACAUUGGGCCCUAAGAUUAGAGUUUGUUCAAGAUUUCAGGCCUCGAACAAAAGUUUUCUUUAAUACGCUUCUACGCUGCUUCCUGGUGCUCUACUACACACAAUAUAUACGCGUCAGGCAGUACAGUGUCAAUGCCUCGUUAUUUUCGUUUUCAUGUCGUAAAGUAAGAGUAAACAUAUUUCCUGCUUAGGCAUACGAAACUGAGGCGCGCAGUGUUCGACCAAUGUUGUAUUUAAUGUGACGUCAGUGCCGGCACAAAGGGUACUGUUGUAUGAACUGAAUCACUGCUCCAUCCAAAUGACUCUGCAUUUGUUCCAUUGUAUAUACAGUAUUAUAGAUUGCACAUCUGGUGCAUUUUCAUUUUACUUCGAUGUGCAGCUCACUUCUGUGUGGCAAUACGUCCCUGAAGAAAUGAGCCUGCUGCUACACCAGAAGAAAUUCAUGAUCUCCGCGGCAAGCCGUUGAUACUAUAUCGGAAGGCAGAAAAACUAGCGGCCGUAUUCGCAAACCUCUCCAUCCGUAAGGGCUGUUUGCCACAAGGCAGCCGCCUUCGCUAACGAUAUAUUUCCGAGAUCAGAAUAAGCUACCGUGUGCUCUUACAUACAAUAUAGCGUGCUAAAUUUUGGACGUUGGCUUAGCGGUAAACGCCAAGAAUUGCUUCUGAAUGCGUCUGCGAGCACAUAACCUCGUCAUUCAUUAUUGCUCGUUUUUUGCCCAUCGACAUAUACGUGGUGUACUGCUUCCCCUCUUCGUUUUCCGUCUGUUAAGCUGACGCUGGCAAUUAAUGACGAGGUCAUUACUGUCACACAUUUGCCGCCUGGGCUAUGUGAACGCAUCUAGUCAAAAUUUAUGUAACGUAGUCAUGGCAUGCACAAGGUAUGAAAUAGAUUUGUUUUGCGUAGUUUUUAUUGUAGCAUUUUUUUAAACACCCGUGUGCUAGCUGUGUAUGCGAGGGCGUGUGUGGGUUAACGUUGUGUUGUGUCGGUUCUUUGAUUGUGUGCGUGUGUGUGUCAUGUUCGCAUUUAAGCGUGGCGUGUUCCAAGAAGUUGUUCUACUCAUUCACCGACACCUUGGCUGUUUCAGAAAUGUGAUCAAAUGCGUUUUGCGGUAUUUUGCUCUUUUAGUAGAAAUGAAUGAAAAUAAAACGUUUA